AUGACCAUGAUAUUCGUCAACUUGAUAUAUUUCGUUACUGUUACGGCUACGUUAGGAUCAAUUUAUGUUAUUGGACUUGUUACCUAUCGAUUAUUCUUUCACCCUCUAGCUAAGUAUCCGGGUCCAUUUAUAGCCAAGAUCACAGAUGCCUACCAAUUAUAUCACGCCUGGAAAGGAGACCGACACCUGGAGUUCUGGCGAUUACACGAGAAAUAUGGAAAGGUCGUGCGGUUUGGACCUAACAGCGUCUCCUUCAACUCGAACACUGCCCUGAAGGAUAUCUACGGAUUUAAAUCCAACGUGCGCAAGGCCGAGUUCUACGAUGCCUUCGUACAUCCGGCAUCUAAUACUCACAACACGAGAGAUAAAGCUCUGCAUGCCCGGAAGAGGCGCGUCCUCUCGCAGGCGUUCUCGGACGGAGCUGUCAAGGAGAUGGAGAGGUACAUCCUAGCCAAUGUGCGAUCCUUCUGCGAGCAGAUCGGCCUCGGCGCGAGCGACGAGCAAAAGGGAUGGACCGUAGCCAAGAACAUGGCCGACUGGUGCAAUUACCUUGCCAUGGACAUCCUCGGUGAUUUGUGCUUCGGGAAAGCCUUCCACAUGCUAGAAAAGCCCGAUAAUCGAUAUGCGCUUGAGUUAGUGUCGCUUGCUACCACGAGGCACCUCAUCUGCGGAACCAUGUCUGCCGUCGGCAAGCUUCACCUCGAUAAGAUCCUGUUCCGCAGAAUUGCGACCGGCCGAGCGAAGUACAUGGCAUACAGCAAGGCCCAGCUUGCGGAGCGCACUAAGUUAGGCGAUGAUACGGACCGUCGCGAUUUCUUCUACCAUCUGCUUAAAGCACGGGACCCCGAAACCGGACAGGGAUUUGCGAUGACCGAGUUAUGGGGAGAAUCAAAUCUGCUGAUCAUCGCAGGAAGCGACACAACAUCGACCGCGAUGGCGGCAACGUUGUUCUAUCUGGUCCGUAAUGAAGUGGCAUUGCAAAAAGCGAGCCAAGAAGUGCGGGCGAAAUUUAGCGACGUAGAAGAGGUCUGUCAAGGCCCAGCGCUAAACUCGUGUACCUACCUCCGGGCGUGCAUCGACGAAGCCAUGCGUAUGUCUCCCUCGGUAGGCGGAAUCCUGCCUCGCGAAGUCCUGAAAGGCGGGAUCACAAUUGACGGGGAGUUUAUACCCGAAGGGAUUGUCGUUGGCACUCCUCAUUAUACCGUUCAUCACAAUCCGGCGUACUACCCGCGUCCGUUCUCGUACACGCCAGAGCGCUGGAUCGAGGGCUCGCGUAAGGCCGUUGGAGAAUUAGGCGGAAGCAAUGUGACAGCGCAAGACGUAUCGCUGGCGCAGAGCGCUUUCUGCCCCUUCUCCAUCGGGCCCCGAGGGUGUAUAGGAAAGGGCCUUGCUUAUAUUGAGAUGAUGACGACGUUGGCUAGAACGCUAUAUAUGUACGAUUUGCGCAAGUCGGCCGGCUUUGAUCCGGCCGAGGGCAAUCCUGAUCUUGAAUGGGGUCGACGACGCGUGGAUGAGUUCCAGCUGAUCGAUCAAUUCACGAGCUUGAAAGACGGUCCUAUGGUUGAGUUUAGGAAGCGUAUUUAA